CAUUUUCGUCACUUGGGCAACCUUGAACGUUAGUCUGUUGUCUACUCCGGUUUUCACCAUACAUUCUGAUUCCUGGGCCAAAAAGUCCUAGAGGGCUGCUUUUCCAGAGGAAAAAUUGAAGCCCUAUGGUAACUAGGCUGAGAGAGAGAGAGAGAGAGAGAGAGGGAGAAAGGAGGGAGGGAGGGAGAGGAGGAGGAGGGAGAGGGGGAGAGAGAGAGAGACGGGGGUGGGGAGCGAGCUGACGCGGACAGUCUCUGCUAGAGAGAGGAGGUGAUGUAUCGAUCGGUCCCAUGGUUUAGGGCAAGGAGAGCCUGCGCGGGAGAUGUAGGCCGACACCAUGGCUGUUUGGCUGAGCACAACUGCCCCGCUGGGAUUUGAAGAAUCCACCAUCCUUCAGUUUCUCUGCAGGCAUUCAUGGCAGGUGAUGUGCCCAUCCUUACGUUGACUCGUUACAGGUGAUGUUCAUACUGGUUGUGGUCAAUUUAUUUCGGCAGAUCUUGGAGGCUGGUACUCCCAUUUCUUACUUCGGAAAUGCUUCAACUGAUAAUUUCCGAUGGCCUCUGGACAGGCUUACCCUGUGUGGUCAGCAUUUGCGAGAUCAGGGUGCCAGCAUGGCUACUUACAGUUUAAGAAGCUUUGUUCGCAAUGACAGUGAGAGGUUUCCAUUUUCUUCUUUUUCCCUGGCUGUUUCUACUUUUCUUCUGUUCUCCCCUCCUGCCAGCGUGACUCAUGAAAAUGAGACAAGGCUUGGUAUUCGCUGGUUUAGUCUCUGAUUGACAUUUGACAGUGUGCUCUGCUACACCAGCAGCAGAGCACACUGUCAAAUGUGAAUCACACACCUCACAACUCGACCAACCACAUCAUCUCCAACUCCACAAGUACAAGAGCAGGGAGUCCCCAUGGACGCGGUGGAGUCCUCGUCGCCCUACUCGCCUCCCGAGCUGCGCCACAAGCUGCGGACCACCGUAUGCGGCUGCUUCGGCUCGCCUUCUUCACCGGUCACCGGCGCGGGGAGGCCGCACACCGGCGGCGGCAGGGCCAGGAGGAGGCGACGCGUGGCAGCCAUGGGGGAGUUCAGGUACGACCCGCUCAGCUAUGCGCUCAACUUCGACGAGGGCGGCAGCGACGACGACGCCUUCCGGUACAGGAACUUCAACUCGCGACUUCCGCCCUUGCCGACACCGGCUGCCCGGCGUCUCACCACGGUCGCCAUCGCCUGAACUGAAUCAUAGUAGCUAGCAACCGUCGUUUUUUACUUGUGUAGGUUCUGUCUCUCUGAUUUUGUAAGCAAUUCAGGAGGUACCAUCCUACCAGUAGCAGCUACCAUACGUGCGUAAAUGAUUUUUUUUGUCAGUUUACAAGUCAAUGUCCCGGUUGUUCGCCAUUGUAACUGAAGUAAAUGUACAAGAAGAAGAAGCAUUUGAACAAUGGGGUUGUCUUCUGCUAGAUGAACUGUGAAGGAAA